AUGCCAAAAGAAAUCCGUGAAAUCAAAGACUUUUUAGUCACCGUCAGAAACAAAGACGCUAAAGAAAUUAGAAUCAAAAAAGUUGGCAAAAACCUCACCAAAUUCAAGGUUAGAUGCGGAAAGUACCUUUACACCCUCAAAGUUGCUGAUAACGCCAAAGCUGUUAAAUUAAUGCAAACUCUCCCACCAACCGUCCCAACCGUUCAAAUUGACUCAAAAAAGUAA